AUCCUUUGCAUAUUUUACAAUUAAAGACAGACUGCCCCAGAUCCUCACAAAAGUUAUUGAUACUCUGCAUCGACAUAAAAAUGAAUUUUUUGAAGAACAUGGUGAGAAGGGUGUUGAAGCAGAGAAAAGAGCUAUAUCUUUCCUGUCCAAACUGCGGAAUGAACUGCAAACAGACAAACCAGUGACCCCUUUAGAAGAUGAGCUGUCUGAUGCUGGACUGUGGAACCAAUACCUAGACUACCAACGAAAUUUAUCAAAUGGAAAUGGAGAGCCGAGUUGGUUUCAGUCCCCUUGGUUGUAUGUAGAGUGUUACAUGUAUCGAAGAAUUCACGCAGCAUUAGCACAGAACCCACCUAUUGACAACUUUGACGUAUUUAAGGAAGGAAAGGCCCAAAAUUUCUUUGAAUCCCAAGAGGCUGUUAUUGCCUUAUGCACUUACUUUCAGGAACUUCUUAAAAACAUCAAGGAUCUAGAUGAAAAGCAACUUCAGGAAGAACUUUUUAAGCUAUUGCAGGUGUCGUUGUGGGGCAAUAAGUGUGACCUUUCUUUUUCAGCUGGUAAAACCAGCUCUCUGAAAUCUAGUCCUUUACAAUCCCUGGAAAACAUGGUACCUUACAUCUUAGUGAAUGAUAUGGAAAAACUUUGGUCACUACUUGUAAACGCCAAAAAAAGAAAUACAGAAAAAAGUAAUGUUAGAGUUGACAUAAUCCUGGAUAAUGCUGGAUUUGAACUUGUAAGUGAUCUUGUAUUGGCUGACUUCCUGUUAUCGUCAAAGUUGGCUGAUGAAGUCCACUUCCAUGGAAAAAGUAUUCCAUGGUAUGUGUCAGACACCACAAAGCAUGAUUUUAACUGGAUUAUUAAACAACUGCAGUCUGCCAAUCAUAUGUGGAUGUCUAGAUGUGGGAUAAACUGGGAGGGCAAUUUGAAAAAGGGAGCUUGGGUUUACCGUGAUCACAUGUUUUGGACUUUGCCACAUGACUUUUCCAGUAUGACUGAAGUUGCUCCUGACUUCUAUGCUGAUCUGCAGAAGUCAAACUUGCUUCUUUUUAAAGGUGAUCUAAACUAUAGAAAAUUAACAGGAGAUAGAAAAUGGGAAUAUACUGUUCCUUUUCAUCAAGCCUUGAACAAGUUUCAUCCUGCGCCUCUCUGUAGUUUGAGAACACUGAAAUCUGACACUCAGGUUGGCCUAAAGCCUGGACAAGGUGAACAACUUCAGGCUUCUGAACCUGAAUGGAUGAUAAGUGGAAAAUACGGGAUAGUUCAGUUUUAUGCUGCUCUCUAGUUAAAUGGUUCCUAAUAUUCUGAAAGAGAGAUCCAGUCUGUGUUUUAACUACUUUCUCUGUUCCAUGCUUGGCUUCAGCAAAUUUUCCUUUUUGUUUGCACUUUGUCCUCCCAAGUGAUUUGUUGGUUUUGUUCCACAAAAGACUUUAAUGUUGUGCAAAAGUUUACAAACUGCCUUUGUAUACAUCAA